GGCGGCGAGCAGGUCAGCGCCGAGCCCGGCAGCGCCGGGGCUUCCCGCUGAGCCCGCGGCCGCCUGCAGCCCGAGAGCGGGCGCCCGGCCGCUGCCUAGACCUGGAGAGGAGCGCUGGCGUCCGGGGCCGGGGCGCGCAAGGCCAACUGCCUCCACUCGUGCUUUUGGUGGGGAUUUCAACUCUAUACAUCCACAGAGCAAGGAAGAAACAAGCCAAUCCUGCAAAAAUGAGGUGGUUAUUCUGAAACUCUUGGGAGUUGAUCUGUUGAUGCAUGUAAGUGCCCAGAAUUCCUCAAAUUGAAACUAAUUGCAGUUUCCAGUUGACCAGCAUUCAUAGGAAUGAAGACAGACUCAGAGAUGGUGUGUCUAAGAAACUUCAAAAGGUGUAGACCUCCUGAUUGAAACAUAGUGAUACAUUUGACUCAUUUUUUUCCAUUUUAGAAAUUCCUUUGCAACCUCCUCGGUGGAUGGUCAUUUUAUCCAUAUAGACUCAGCUGGGGAUGGAAGCUAAAUUAUUUGGAAGAUCUACCAUUUCUGUGAUGUUCCAGCAACAGACUGGAUCAAAAUAUGACUUUAUAAAUCUUCUAUCCACCUUGCUCUGCCUCUGAAACCAAGCCGUUUAUUCUUUAAUCCACAAGUUUCUGUACUCAUACAAAGGAAAGUCAUGAUUACACUAACAGAGCUAAAAUGUUUAGCAGAUGCCCAAUCAUCUUAUCACAUCUUAAAACCAUGGUGGGACGUCUUCUGGUAUUACAUCACUCUCAUCAUGCUGUUGGUGGCCGUGCUGGCUGGAGCGCUCCAGCUUACACAGAGCAGGGUUCUGUGCUGUCUUCCAUGCAAAGUGGAAUUCGACAAUCACUGCGCCGUGCCUUGGGACAUCCUGAAAGCCAGCAUGAACACAUCCUCUAAUUCUGAGAUGCCACUUCCUCUCCCCCUUCGAAUCCAGAACGAUCUCCACCGGCAGCAGUACUCCUACAUUGAUGCUGUCUGUUACGAGAAGCAGCUCCAUUGGUUUGCAAAGUUUUUCCCCUACCUGGUGCUCCUGCACACUCUUAUUUUUGCAGCCUGCAGCAACUUCUGGCUUCACUACCCCAGUACCAGUUCCAGGCUGGAGCACUUUGUGGCCAUCCUUCACAAGUGCUUUGAUUCUCCGUGGACCACCCGGGCACUCUCAGAAACAGUGGCCGAGCAGUCAGUGAGGCCCCUGAAGCCCUCCAAGUCCAAGACUUUGCUUUCAACCUCAGGGUGUUCGGCUGAAAUUGAUUCCAGCAAGCAGUCAUUGCCCUACCCACAGCCAGGCCUGGAGUCAGCUGGCAUAGAAAGCCCAACUUCCAGUGUCCUGGACAAAAAGGAGGGUGAACAGGCCAAAGCCAUCUUUGAAAAAGUGAAAAGAUUCCGCAUGCAUGUGGAACAGAAGGACAUAAUUUAUCGGGUAUAUCUGAAGCAGAUUAUAGUCAAAGUCAUUUUGUUUGUCUUCAUCAUAACUUAUGUUCCAUAUUUUUUAACCUACAUAACUCUUGAAAUUGACUGUUCAGUUGAUGUGCAGGCUUUUACAGGAUAUAAGCGCUACCAGUGUGUCUACUCCUUGGCAGAAAUAUUUAAGGUCCUGGCUUCAUUUUAUGUCAUUUUGGUAAUACUUUACGGUCUCACCUCCUCCUACAGCUUGUGGUGGAUGCUGAGGAGUUCCCUGAAGCAAUAUUCCUUUGAAGCACUAAGAGAAAAAAGUAACUACAGUGAUAUCCCAGAUGUCAAAAAUGAUUUUGCCUUCAUCCUUCAUCUGGCCGAUCAGUAUGAUCCUCUUUAUUCCAAACGCUUCUCCAUAUUCCUGUCAGAGGUCAGUGAGAACAAACUGAAACAGAUCAACCUCAACAAUGAGUGGACAGUUGAGAAACUGAAAAGUAAGCUUGUGAAAAACUCCCAGGACAAGAUAGAGCUGCAUCUUUUUAUGCUCAGUGGUCUUCCUGACAAUGUCUUUGAGUUAACCGAAAUGGAAGUGCUAAGCCUAGAACUUAUCCCCGAGGUUAAGCUGCCCUCUGCAGUGUCACAGCUGAUCAAUCUCAAGGAGCUUCACGUGUACCACUCCUCCCUAGUGGUCGACCACCCUGCCCUGGCCUUCCUAGAGGAAAAUUUAAAAAUCCUCCGCCUGAAAUUCACUGAAAUGGGAAAAAUUCCACGCUGGGUAUUUCACCUGAAAAAUCUCAAGGAACUGUAUCUGUCAGGCUGUGUUCUCCCUGAUCAGUUAAGCACCAUGCAGUUGGAGGCCUUUCAGGAUUUAAAAAACCUGAGGACCCUCUACCUGAAGAGCAACCUGUCCCGGAUCCCCCAGGUUGUUACAGACCUCCUCCCUUCGCUGCAGAAAUUGUCCCUUGAUAACGAGGGCAGCAAGCUGGUUGUGUUGAACAACUUGAAAAAGAUGGUCAAUCUGAAAAGCCUAGAAUUGAUCAGCUGUGACCUGGAACGCAUUCCACACUCCAUUUUCAGCCUGAACAAUUUGCAUGAGUUAGAUCUGAAGGAAAAUAACCUGAAAACUGUGGAAGAGAUCAUUAGCUUCCAGCAUCUUCAGAAUCUUUCCUGCUUAAAGUUAUGGCACAAUAACAUUGCUUAUAUUCCUGCCCAGAUUGGGGCAUUAUCUAACCUAGAGCAGCUCUUCCUGGAUCAUAAUAAUAUUGAGAAUCUGCCCUUGCAGCUUUUUCUAUGCACCAAACUACAUUAUUUGGAUCUAAGCUAUAACCACCUGACCUUCAUUCCAGAAGAAAUCCAGUAUCUGAGCAAUUUGCAGUACUUGGCCCUGACCAACAACAAUAUCGAGACACUACCAGAUGGGCUGUUUCAGUGCAAGAAGCUGCAGUGUUUGCUUUUGGGGAGAAACAGCCUGACUGAACUGUCCCCUCACGUGGGUGAGCUGUCGAACCUCACUUAUCUGGAGCUCACUGGGAAUUACUUGGAAACAUUGCCUCCAGAGCUGGAAGGGUGUCAGGCUCUGAAACGCAGCUGUCUGAUUGUGGAGGACAAUUUGCUCAGCACACUUCCUCUCCCUGUGACUGAACGUUUGCAGACAUGCUUAGAUAAAUGUUGACCUAAAGAUCAGGGACCCACAUCUCAAGAGCAUUUUUGAAAUUAUGUUCCACAGCUUUAAAGGAGAAGUGAUUUUUAAGUUAUAAAACUCAAUAAAGGGUGAUGAUUAUGAUCCACCAAAUAUCUUACUAAAGCAACUCAGUGUCUGUCCUGAAGUUAAACAGGUAAAAGUAUUAACACUGAACUGGAAUCUUGUAAGUGAUCUUUAAUUUAUUGAGAUAUUAUAAGCAGUAUACAUUGAGGAUGAAUUGGGAGGCAUGAAAUUAUUAAAUCUUUACUUGUAGUUUUACCCUUGAAGAUUAUAAGGUUUUUUUGCUUUCUUUCCAGAACCUAUUACUUAUUUCCACAUUUGCUUUUACUGACUUCCUGCUUUGAUGAUCAUCACAGAGAUCACAAUUCAUCAAUAUAAAUUUCCUUGAUGUAUGCUCACUACUGUCUAUGAUUUAUGUUCUUACAUGUUUUUAGAUAGGGUGUAUUGUGGUUGGCAAAAUUCCUUUUGGCUCAAUUUUUGCUUCGUUUUCCAGCUUGAGUUUUCCUUAAUCUGCUUUGUUUUGAACAGCCAUGAGGAGCCCUGAGAAAACGGCCUGACUUUGGCCUUUGCCUGGACAGGGUCAUUAAGAUUUGUCAUCUUUGGAGAAUUCUAAAAAUCAAUAUAUUCUCAAAAAUUUUUCUUGUCUAUUAUUGUCAAAGCUUUUUUUAUUUGUUAAGAAUUUUUUUAUAAAAUAUAAAAUAUAAAUAUUUUCUACUGUGUGAUCCUGGAUUUUACAUCUGUGAAAAUAAUUUUUGUAAGGUACAGAGACCAUACACAUUUCUUCAAGAACUCACGAUACUUGCUUUGGUCUGUUUAUGAUUCUCUGUCUGUCAUGUUUGUGUGCAUUCUGCACCAAAAUGAUUUUUGUACUCUGAAAUUAAUUACUUUUAGAUAAUGAAAGGCUUGUGUUUCAUGCUGUAAAAUAUUUGGGGGUUUCCUUGUGAGAAGAUGUCUACAUUGUCUCUCUUUUCCCCCUGCUGCUAUGUAAUUGUAUGGAUACAAUGUUUCUGUUUGAAGGGGGGUUGGACAGGACCUCACUAAGCAGUUCACACUGGCUUUGAACUCUGUGUAUUCAGGCUGGCAUGAACACAUGGGAUCCUUCUGCUUCAGCCUCCCAAUUCUGAGAUUUCACACACAAACACCAAGCUUACAAUUCUUAAUUACUUACAAAACCUGUGAUGGAGAAAAGAGGGACAGAUUUGGAUUUUAGAAUUGAUUUUACAAUACUUUGUAGAAAUUCAUUGUUAAAGCAAAAUGCUUUUUUCCCUCCAUCUGUAUGAUCUCUGGGUGUCUAUCCAGUAUCUAAAAUGAGCUUUCAGAGCUCUCAUAGAAAUGAAUCCAUUGAAUGGAAAUUGAUCUCAUGCUUUUAACUCUCCUGGAAAACAUUUUGCUCCUCUUCAUAAAGACCUUUGCGGUUGGCCUUUUAUUAUCAUGCACAUUAUUAAAUGAAUAAAACUGACACACUUUUGGGAAAUGUGCAUUUUCAAUGUGUUUCUCUAAUGGGUCUAGGCCUUACGAUACUGCCUCAUUUUGAAUAUAACUAUGAAGUAAUCUAUUACCUGCAUCUGUAUAAAACUGGAAAACCAUAUGGGUAAAGAGCACUGUAAACAUGGAACUGUGCUGCGUGGUGUAUGUUUUCUGUAGCUUUGUUCCAGCAAGUUGAAAGUAAAUGUCUAGAUUUGUAUCGGCAAGCCUAUGGCACAUGUACCGCAGCAGACUGUUGCUAUCACUGAGAGCUCUAAAAGGUUCGCCCUCACUGGAGAGUGUAAGAAAUGUAGCUUCUCUCACCUGCCACAUCUGCCUGGGCUGAAGUUCAGAGAAAAGAAUUAUUCACAUCAAAUUAAAUUUGAAUAUUAGCCAUAAAGAAUUUAGACACCAGAAACUGCCUAACACAUUAUUGUGUAUUCUGAAUGGGAAAUGAUGGUGUAAAGAUUUCCUUCUUACCAAAACUUGCCUUUACUCAGAACAUUUACGUUCUCAGGGAUCCAGGCAUAACUGACUCUACCCAGGUUUUGUUAUUCUCAUUUACUGAACUGUGAGUUGGUGGUUACUUUAGUGCUUCCCAGUAGCACUGUCAUGUGUACUGAUUCCAGUGUUGGAUAGGAUUCUCUUAAGUUUUCCACAUGAGUGUAAAGUGUGGAGGGAUGUUUAAAUGUUUUUGGCCACAUAAUUACACACAGUAUGUAUGAGAAACCCUACCCUCUUUAACAGGAAGAAUUUUCAAAACAGAAUUCAGAUGUGCUACCGUUCACCAAACAAACUAGAACUUCUCUAUGGCUAAGCACUGGUUUUGUUCAAGUGCACAUAAAUCUUACCACUAUGGGGCCAGGGGUACAGCUCAGCGGCACACACCUGCCUGGCAAACAUGAGGUUAUAAGUUUGAUCCCUGAUACAAAAAAAGUCGGGGAGGGAAUCUUUAUCACCUGUGAAAAUUCCCAGAGCAGUUUGGUAGGAGAUUGAGUAACGAAUAUAUAAGCUGCUUCCCACACACCACAGUGUGGUAACUGGUGCAAAUUGUGUUGUUCUUGAUGCUGCAGCUUUUCAGUGUCUUUGUUAUCUAGAUGCCGUGUACCAGCUUGUGCAGGUUGUGACACAACACAGCCCUGAUGCAGUGAACAAUGACACUAUUGUCUGUCGUGGGAAAGCGUGGUAUUGAUACCGCAUUGACUACAUUGUUGGAGCAGAUCUUUAUUUUAGAGGUGUUCACAUUUAUUUAAAAGAGUUGUAUGUUUUUAAAAAAUGACAUUUGCUACAUUAUAAUCAUGCGACUUUGGUUGGCAUUUGAUUCCCAAGAAUGUAUUUUCCAAAAACUAAAUGUGGGGAAUUAAAAACAAAGUUUAUGGCUUAUGCAGGCAGUGGCAUUGGUUCGUUUCAUUUGCACUCAUGCGCGCGCACACACGUUCCACGUAUGUAUACUGUAACAUUAGUUUGCUAUAUUUAGCAUUUUUUCCGAAGUUGCAAGAGGUUAUGGGCUAAUAUAAGGAUAGCAAUCUUUAUAAAUCCAUUACUUGCAAUCAGGAAGUAUUCUAUCACUUUAUAAGAAACCAAAUAUUCAAUCUCAGUUUGCGAACAGAAGUAUUUUUGAGUAUUCCUGAAAAGCUAUAGUGUUCCUUCCCUCACCUACAUCCGGGCACAUCUGUGCAGAACAGAGGUGCCAUAGUUUCAUUUUUCACCUUCAGUCUUUUUUCCCCUGCAUGUCACCACAGUUCAGCAUCACCAACAUUCGUGUUAUGUGAAUCAGGGUAAAGGAGAUCCUAAGCAAGUUGGUGCUGCAGCAGCGCUCUGACAGAUGUGCUGUGGUGUGGAACAGUAAUUUAUGUGUAUAAUCUUACCAUUUGAUAGUGAACAUUUGUUUUUCAAGUGUUCAUGACAUUUUAUAUUCUUAAUUAAAAUAUUUCAUAAUGUUGAUAGUUUUGUUAAAAUGAUCAUUCUGUGGACUUGACAAUACUUCCUUGAAUUUUUCAAUGAAAUCGUCUUUCUGCUGUUAUUUUCUCUCAGCACUGUACUAUCCACAAGGUAUUUUGCUUUUUCUACACUCUCCUACCCCACUAAAUUUAAUCAGUGCUUAUAUAGUAACAGGAUUUGUGCUAGAAGAUUCUCAGUGACACCUGAAUUCCUGUUCACUUGGGAGGAAGCCAGCACUAUAAUUAUGCCUGAGUAGUUCUACUGUGUCCAUCCCUUUAGUAUUUUGAACUGAUCCUAUGAUCCUUCAUCUCUACCAAAACGCAAGAAUACAGCUGUAGGUUCAGUUUGUUCUCAUUAAUUGUACAUUGCAUUAGCAUCUGUCUCUUCCUGGGAACAAGAGAAAGAUUGGUGGGAGGGGAAAGGAGUUAUUUUGCAUCCUGCUUUACAUUCUGAAUAUAUUAUAUAUGUGAAAUACUAUAAAACAGUAAUGUUGCAAAAUGCCCUGGACAGCAUUAGUUCUUAUCUUCAGCUGGAAGCUAAAUGCAGAAGCAGUUAAAAAGCUUCAAUCUUAGCUGGGUGUGGUGGUACAACACCUGUUAAUUCCAGAACUUGGGAGGUUGCGGCAGGAGACUCAUGGCAAGUUCAAGCCCAGCCCAGGCUACAUAGUGAAUUCACAACCAACCUGAACUACAUGGUGAGACCCUGUCUUAAAGAGAGAGAAAAGAAAAUGCUUUGAUCAUAUUUAAUUGGCCUCUUCUUGAUUCUAGUUCAUUGUUUCUGUAUCAGGUGAUAUCUCUCUCCUGAGGUACUUUUGGUAAUGGACUAUUUUUUUUCAAUUUUGUUAUAUGAACAAUUAGCACUAAAGCAUUAACACAAACGUAUGAGCCAAAGUACUUAGCUGAGAUGGCCUCCAAUUGAACUUUAUUUCAUAUUUAAAAUUUUGCAUUUGACUGAUACUACUGCAGAGAAAAUAAUUAUGAAUGCCAUCUGCAUGUUUACAUUAUCUCUAACAGAGAUGGUGCAAUUGUAAAAAUACAAAGGGGUACAGAGUUACAAUGGAUGUGUUUGUGCACAUGUAUAUUGUGUAGCAGCGUAAAUAUUAACUGUACAAGAUUUUUUUAAUUCUUGAAACAUUUUGCUCUUAAACGGGCCAGACUUGAGUAGGCAUUUUCUUUUCUUCACAAGAAAGGGUAGGGUUUAUUAUUUUAUGUUUGUCACAUAUUUGUUCAAUAGGUUUUGGUUCUGGUAAUAAAUUAUUAGAAAAAUGUAAGAUUUUGUUCAAUAUUUUUGGCCCUCAGGUUUCAACUUCUGCUGAAUCCCUCAGGUUCGGUAGAUUUUGGUAAAUUUUACAGUUUUUAAAGUAUCUGUGCAAAAAUAAAGGUUCAAUUUUUAUAAUAAUGGCAAAUAAAAGCAGAUGAAAUUCUGGAA